AUGUUGAGUAAGAAAAAGAAGAUAAAGUACCACGAUGUGGUUUACGAUAAUACAGAGAGAGACUCAAUCCCCAAACGGGGAUAUUAUUCUGAACUGGUAUCUAAUAUGACUAAGGAGGACCCUUCGAAGGAGGUUUACGCUAAGAAGCGAAUGAAACUAAUGUUGCAGGCAAAAACGGAUAAAUUGGCCCCGAUGCUGGUUUCGCUGCCGAAACCCCAAAAAGCGAAAAUGCUUCUGCCACCUGGGCGUUGGACGACAUACAGAGAAGACGAAAGCAUACAAUUCCCCUUUGAGACGUUCGUACCGAAGCUACAGUUCUUAAGCAUAGUUCUACCUAAGGAAUUACCGAGGCUGGUGAAAAUUGAGCGUUUGCGACGGAAGUUCUUAGCUGCGAAUAUUAAAAAAAUGUUGAGAGAGCGUGGUGUUCAGCCGUAUUGGCUCCUACCACCUUCAGAAUACCCUAUUACUGAUCAAGAGUACUACGGACUCUACAGCCCGUUCCCGAAACUAGAUCUUGAGAUAUUUGACAAUACGGAUUUCGACUGCAGAAUCCCAGAGGAGUGGCUUGGCUUAGGAUUAAUUGAAGGAGAACAAUACCCAUGUCCCGGUCUAGCGUUCUUGCCGAAGGAAGACGGAAAAUCUACAAAGAGUGGCGAUUUGUUUCAGAUUCUUAAUAAUUUGUAUGAAUGGAUCAACGUAGCUGCCUUCAGUUUCGAUAGAAAAACAGAGAGAUGGGAAGUCAUGGCACUUGAUGGCACUCAGCGACGUUAUAAGUACAAUGCAUGCACUUUGUGA